UAGACUUGCGCAUGCGCACAUGCAGUGUUUAGCUUCCCUGUCCCCUCUGAACCUGACAACCCGUUAGCUUAGCUUAGCUGCCGCUGCUCACCGGCGAUGAUACAGCAAACAAGGACUUGAUAGGGCUUACGGAGUUGUGCAUAAUCCCCCUUUUGGACUCCCAAAAUACAGGCAGCAUUUAGACAUCCUUGUUAGCUGAUCGCCGGCGGAGGGUCAAUAUUCGGUAAGUUUAUUGCGUGAGGAAGAAGAGGACGUCCGCGAGAGGAAUGAACUCUGCGACUCAUUUCAUGCGACAUAAAAUUGGACUGCACAGCUCCCAAGCUUCGUUGACCACCUGACUACAGCCAAACUUUUUACGGCUAAAUCUCCGUGCUUGUGUUUGGCUCUACCAUAUGUGAUAUGAAACAUUUGCAAUAAGGUACCUUAACUCCCGAAGGAGUGAAGCCAACCGUUUAUGUUUAUCUUCAUGGCUUUGAGCUAACCAGUGGCUAGCAGAAUUUCGAAUUCAUUAUUUCUUAUUUGUGAUUGUUUCUGUUGUGAAGUAGAUUAUUGUUUGCACUAGUUUCUGAGUUAGCACACUCACGGUAAGAUCAAAUAUUUUUACUUCUGCCGAUGGGGCUUGAUCAUUGCGACCGAGGACGCAUUAUAGCUCCGCGUUAGCUAGCAGGUCCAGCCAAAAGCCCACCAACCGAUUUCUAAGCACCCCCAAAACCAGAACCCUCCUGGUGGCAGGGAUGCACCACCAGGACUUUAGUGGAGACCCACCUAGUGCUGGCAGCAGGAAAACGGUGUUUCAUUACCGCAGAGGGAGCGGCGGAGGUCCUCCUGCUUCCUCCACUGGGGCUGGAGUUAAUGUACUUGAAGAAUGUUCGGCACCAGCUGGAGCCUCCUCUCCGGGACCCCAUCAGCAAGCCUCAUCCCAAAUGCCUGGAGCUCAAGUGAAGAAGAAGAGUGGCUUCCAGAUUACAAGUGUUACCUCUGCUCAGAUCAACAUAAGUGGCAGUAACAGUUUGGCUGAUGACACAGAGAGCUAUGAUGACCUGGAUGAGUCGCACACUGAGGACCUCUCUUCCUCUGAUAUAUUGGAUGCUUCAGCGUCCCGAGCCACAGACACGGGUGUGCCAGAGAGAAGUUCUUCAGACGAGACAUUAAACAGCCUCCAUGGGGUGGACACGCCUGGCCUUGUGUCACCCAAUGAGCCUCAAUAUCCACAUUCCGGUCAAGGAGCUCAGAACCAUACCACGUUGGUAAAUGGGACUGUACACCAUCAUUAUUAUGCGCAGCAGCAUAGUCUGCCCAAUCAACAUCGCUCUGAUAACUUGGCAGGAGGCGAAUCAUCGUCAGCCCUUCCCCUAGCAUCGGUGUCGAGCUCCAGCCAGCCACUUUCCAAAACGGGGGCAAACCCAUCCCAGAACCCACCUGCGUCGGAGAGAACCAAACCUGUAGGGGGAACAGCACAGCCGUCAGCUGCCGUUGGUGGUCGGACGGCCGGUGACGCACACCUCCAGGGUACUGGGAAUUUUCAGAGUGUCUCCUCUGUCACUCCACUUCAACCACCUGGGCAGCCAGGUUUUGACAACACUUGUGGGAGUGGACCAACAGUUUCCAUUGGUGGAGGAACAAGUCAGUCAGCCACAACUUCCAGUACUCAAACGCAGACAACUACCAGCUCUCGUUUCAGAGUCGUCAAACUGGACACCAACUCGGAGCCAUUCCGCAAAGGAAGAUGGACAUGUACAGAGUAUUACGAGAAGGAGAUUCCACCUGCAGGAAUAUCAGAAGCACCUAAAGCUGUGGAGUCCUCCGCAGAGACUGAGUCCAGUAUCGCUGGAGUAAGUUCAGUUCUUUCAUCUGUCCAGCACCUGCACACACUGCAACCUUAUCAGCUGCCGAACCAAGAGUACACCGGUCCUCAUACAAUGCAGAGCCCCCCACAAGCUCCGGCCCAAACCAGUCCCUUCAACUAUAUGCCACCCCAGGAAGCAGUUGGUGCAGCUCACACUAAAAUGUUGGGGGCUCCUGGUACUCUCCCAGCAACUCCACCACAAGGUGGUAUGAGCCAGCACCCCUCCCUCUUGGCACAUCAUUUACCCUACGCCGUAGACCAGCAGCAGGGUCAAGCCCCGGAAAGUUAUAUCGCACCUCAGCUCACUGGUCUGCAACCAGACUUUAUCCAACCCACUGCUCCGUUCCAAACCCAGGUCCAGCCUCCAGUGGCGCACGUGAGCUCAUCCAUAUCACCAGGAUCAGCGGUCACAGCAAAGCCACUAGGCAGCCUAGCUCAGCAGUCACCCCAUCAAGGUCAUGUGGCUCCACCUGCUGCAGAAACCUCUGUUGUGGCCCAACAAAAAUCUAUGACCUCCACCUCUUCGGUACCAGCAGGGCAGGGGGCCCCUUACAUGCCACUAACUGCACUCCAAGCUGACCUACAGCCACUUCUCACCCCAGGCACAGCUCUAUAUGCAGCACCUCUGGCAGGAGGGAGCCCCCUUAAAGCAUCGCAACUAGAAGAUGCGCAAAAGCUUCUGUUUCAGCACCAGGGCCUCCUGGGACUGCCCAGGCUGGGUGCCGCUGGCGGUGGAGUGAUAGCUGCGGACACCGGCGUCACUGCCAGAAGCCUGGCCCACAUGGGGAUGUCAAUGGAAGCCAGUGCUCUCGUAGCUGCUGCUGCUGCUGCUGGCUUGAGGACUCAGCAUGCCGAAGGAGAGGAGGACAGCCAGUCCAAGGUUCCGUUGAGCAGCGACACGUCAAUAUCAGCCUGACCAGAUUAAAAUGUUGUUUGGUCAGAUGCACAGAUGAAAUCCAAGCCUUUGAAGACAAAAUGGUUUUUGUGUUUUAUCUGCUUCCCCCACAAAGUUCCGCAAUCCACGUCUCUCUCCUUUGUGUGCUGUUUAUCCAUCCAGUGUUUGCCAUUGUGAUGACAUCAGCCUUAAUAAGCAGUGAUUGAUGUGAUACACCUGAGUAAUGUCGUGAAGGUUUCUUACUAUUUAUGUGACUAUUCCACGUGAAUCUUGAUUGUGCAAAACAAUCACACCUCAUUUAAGAUUAAUUUCUUUGUGGUGUUUUAUUGUUUCCAAUGUUAAAUUGUGAUUCCUUUGCUGUUAAUGUAUUUAGAAAUGAUUUUGAGUGUAGUUAGUAAUGUAGAUACUAAUGGCAGUAAAUCAAGGAAAGUAUUUGUCCUCUUUCUAUGUCUCUUAUUAUCUUCAGUCGUUAAUUCACAGAGCAGUUUACAUAUCUUUCAACUUGAAUCGUGACUAGAAUUUACUUUGCAUGUGCCCUAAAUGGGCCAAAUAGGUAGUCGUCAAGCUUUUUAUACCCAGUACCACCUCAAAAACACUUUAAAAAUUAAAUACAAUGUCUGCUGGAAGCCACCAUCAUGACGAACUUUUAUAAAAUGAAGCAAAAUUGAAGGCCCAAGUGUUCAUCAAAAAUGAGGGAGAGGUUUUAUUCACAAAAAUUAUACUGUAAGCCACUAAUGUUAUAACAGUUUGAACAUUAACACUGUACUUCAUUAUACAAAAAUGAUUCAUCUACAGUAGUUAAAAAUUGCACUUAAAUUUGUAAACACUAGGCCUUUAGCCUAGCUUUGGCGUCCUGGUCUGACGGCCUCUGCCGCCUGGAACCUCGGCUUCCGGCCGCCGCUGGAGCUCGGUCGUCAGACUCCGCGUCAUUCCCGUCCGAAGAACCAUUUGUGGCUGCCGGCCCGGAGCUCCCGGGGGCCUUUGUUUACGCACUUAUGGCGCACGUAGGCCUCAGAGUAGUCAAACUCUGCAUCAUCCCGCCCGAAGAACCAUCCAUAUAUUCAACAUUAAUUACAGCCACAGGUUCAAAUCUGUAUGGAAGUAUUCCUCCGUCUUCCCGAUCAAGCGAUACUGCUAUUUCUUCAUCAGAUGAGGAUAAAUCCAAGAAAUCAGAUCUGCGCAUAAUGGUGUCCCAUGUAAUCCAGUGUUUGGAAUGGCACGGUACACGUCACAUACUCCCAAGUAGAACAUGUGACUCACAAAAAUAGCAGUGACAAUGAAAAUUCGUAAUUGUCGAUGAAAAUCUUCUCAAAACACUAAUAAAUGAUAGAGGGUUUAACAUCACAUUGUCAAAAUAGGGUACAUAUUACAUGAACUCUUGGAUACACUGUUAAUGUAAGCACUGGAUUUCUCCUUUAACGAUUCCAAUGAGACGUGAUUGUCUUGAUUAAUUUUAUAUUAAUGGUAUUAUUCUUGUGACUAUUUUAACAAUGCAAAACACUUUGAGAGUUGUCCCUGUGAGAAUUAUUCAACUGUAUGAAUAAAAUUUACUGACAGUGGUACCUUGGCGUAUGAGUGCCCUAGCGUUUGAGUAUUUUUAUUCUUUCCUGCUAGCUGAGACUGAACAAAGUGUCGACCAAAAUAGUGUUGGGGGGGGAACUGUAUCCGAUUAUUUAGCUUAAUUUCAAUAGGGGACAUUGAUUUGCAAAGAAUAAAUGUGGUUAUUAGCCUAGAGGGGGCGAAGGUUUCGUUUGAAGCAGCCCCCCCCCCC